AUGAAGAAUGUCACUGAAGUUACUGUAUUUGUGCUGAAGGGCUUCACAGACAAUCUUGAGCUGCAGAUCAUCUUAUUCUUCUUGUUUCUAGCAAUCUACCUGUUUACUCUGAUGGGAAAUUUGGGACUGGUUGUAUUGGUCGCUGGGGAUUCCCAGCUCCACAACCCCAUGUACUAUUUUCUGAGUGUGUUAUCAUCUGUGGAUGCCUGCUAUUCUUCAGUAAUUACCCCCAAUAUGUUAGUAGAUUUUGUGUCAAAGAAUAAAAUCGUGGGCUCUAUUGAGAUGGUCACUAUCCUGAUUGUCCUGAUCUCUUAUGGUUUCAUUCUGGUGGCCAUUCUGAAGAUUCAUUCUGCAGAAGGGAGACGAAAAGUCUUUUCUACAUGUGGCUCUCACCUAACUGGAGUGUCAAUUUUUCAUGGUACAGUUCUUUUCAUGUAUGUGAGACCCAGUUCUAGCUACGCUUUGGAUCAUGACAUGAUAGUAUCAAUAUUUUACAGCAUUGUGAUUCCCAUGCUGAAUCCUAUUAUCUACAGUUUGAGGAACAAAGAUGUAAAAGAGGCAAUGCAAAAAAUGUUUAGGAAAAAAUGGUUCAUCACUAAAGUAUAUGUUCGCAAUAAAAAUUAA